AUGGAUCGACACACCCUGGAAGCUCAGCUUGGCACUAUUAAGGUUCCUAUAGUGCACAUCCCAUGGGUAGGAGAAAUCGGAGCAGAUGUGCCCCAGUUGGGAGCCAGCAUGCUUGAAUGGGCCGAUCAGAAGGGCUUGUUGGUCGAUGUAGCCUACCGCGAACGAGUGAAGCGCAGUCAUUACGCCUGGCUAGCAGCCCGGAUAGACCUUGUGACGCCAAACACGCUCUCUAACCUGACCGCCAUGAUCGACGUGGAUGAUUUCAACUGCGCAAGGCCCGAGCCUGUCUAUAGCGAACUGGCGUUGCUUGACAUUUGCCAGUCAUUACGUCAACUGUUAUCAGUGGAACAUUUUGAGCGUUUCGCCUAG